AUGGCCGCAGAAUCGAACAGAGCUCCUGGUGGGGGGUCAGAAGAUAUAGACGACUCGCAGGUGCCGGGCACAAUUCAUCUAGUCGAUUUGGAUCACACUGCAGCGGCUCCGCAUGCUGGUAGUCAUAAUGACAUUAUACUCGUCCCAACACCCUCGUCAGACCCAAAUGAUCCUCUUAAUUGGUCGCCAGCGCGAAAGCGUCUGCAUCUUGUGUGCCUCAUAGUAUUUGUCUUCUUCAACGGCAUGGCCUUGUCGGUAGUGUACUCCGUUUUGGUUCCUUUAUCACCUGCAUUAAAUGUUACAGUCAGUGACCUCAAUGCUGGUACGGGUUACAUGUUCUUGCUGUUGGGAUGGGGGCUUCUCUUUUGGCAGCCAUUUGCGUUACAAUAUGGAAAGCGUCUCACCUACCUCUUAUCAAUGCUUGGCAUCGUGGCUGUCUCCGUCUGGAGCCCGUAUGCCAGUGGCAAUGGGCAAUGGGUUGCACGCAACCUUGUUACUGGAUUCGUAGCCGCACCUAUCGAGGCUCUACCAGAAACAUCCAUCACAGACAUUUACUUCACCCAUGAGCGCGGCACAUACAUCGGGUGGUACGCGUGGGUUUUGGCUUCAUCCAAUUACUUCGCUCCCGUCAUCUGUGGUUUUAUCAAUGACGGUAUGGGAUAUAAAUGGCCAUUUUUCUUCAUGGCCAUUUUUGGUGGUGCUGCUUUCAUAUUUUUGUUUCUAUUCAUGGAAGAGACGAACUAUGAUCGUUCAGUAGUAAACACCACUGAUGUGAUACCUCCAGUCAACAGGCUGACGGCGGAUCCAAGCACAGAAGGCGAAGCAGAAAAGUCCGUGACAGAUGGUGGAAGCGGCUCGGGUUUUGUCCCUUCCACAGCGCAUAGCAAGCCAAAAACAUUUCUGCAAAAGCUAUCGCUGGUGGAUAACCCGCGUCCGUUUCUCAUGCACUGGCGAGCGUGGCAGUCUCUGAAACUCCUUACGUGGCCAAAUAUCUUUUUUGCUGGAUUUUCGUAUGGCACAUAUUUAAUCUGGUUCAACAUUUUGAAUGCCACAGCUUCUAUCAUCCUCGGAGGCGCGCCAUAUAACUUCAAGCCAAGUAUUGUCGGGUUGUGUUACAUAGCUUGUCUGAUAGGUGUUAUCCUUGGCUCCGCAUAUAGCGGUAUCGCCUCCGACUGGGUUGUUCUCAAACUUGCCCGCCGCAAUUGUGGCAUUUUCGAGCCGGAGCAACGACUUUGGCUGUUCUCCGGCAUGACAAUUGCUGCCCCGUUCUCCCUCCUUCUGUGGGGAGUAGGUGCUGCUCACCAAGUCCACUGGUUUGGUCUGCUCUUCGCAAUGGUUAUCCUUGCAGCGACCAGUGCUGCCGGUGUUACCCUUUCGGUCGCCUAUCUCGUGGAUUCGUUCCCAGAAAUUUCCGGCGAUGGUCUGACUACAAUCAUCAUCAUUCGGAACACCAUGAGCUUUGCAAUUGGGUAUGGAAUUACUCCGUGGUUAGAUGGAUUGGGUUUGCAGAACUGCUUUAUUAGCGUGGCGUUUGUGGCGCUUGCCAUUUGUUCUGUAUUCCUCCCCAUGAUCUGGUUUGGAAAGAGAUUCAGGAGAAUGAAGAGGGACAGCUAUUGGCGCGAGGUGCAGACUCGAAAGAGUAUGAAGGUGCACUGA